AUGCUCCCUUCUAUCACUGCUUGCACUUUGACCCUCCUCUCGGCUUUGGCCCUGGCAUCCACCACCUCUGCCGCCGUCCUGAGCUCCGGCCCAACUGGAGAUACUCGUUGGAAGAUUGGAGCGUCGACCAAGAUCCGAUGGAGAUUGAGCUCUCCUACCUCUAAGGGCGACCUCGUUACUAUCUAUAUCGUUGGUGGUGACCCCAAGGCAUACAAGCGCUAUGAACCCCCACUGCUCUCGGACACCGAGGCCGGAAAGCAUACAUGGGACAUCGCCAAGAUUCCCAAUGUCGAUUGUCUUGAUACUUGUGCACUCGAGUUUAUCGUUAGCAACCGGUCCGGGAUCCAGGGCGAUUUUUACUCUCAUCCGUUCCUUAUCUCUACUACUGGCAAGGCACCCGAGAGUGCGACCGUUGUUGCCGACAAGUCUGCUCCUGUGGCGGGUUCCAGCCAGAGUGCAGCAACGCCCGACGGUCCAAUCACUCUGAUCCAGAACGCCGCGAAAGGCGCACAGCCCCAACCAACCACUGGCAGUGCCAAUACCAACAACCAUCUGGGAGUUCAGGGUCUCGCUACUAUUGCCCUUGCUGCCAUCGUCGGCGCCAUGGGCAUGGCUCUCUUCUAA